UGAUGCAGAACCAUCUCCUGCAGAUGCUGUGUCUGGUGGCCAUGGAGAAGCCAGCCUCCACCCACUCGGAUGACGUCCGCGAUGAGAAGGUCAAGGUGUUGAAAUGUAUCUCAGAGGUGCAGGCGAGCAACGUGGUCCUGGGCCAGUACGUGGGGAACCCCAACGGAGAGGGAGAGGCCACCAAAGGGUACCUGGAUGACCCCACGGUGCCCCAUGGGUCCACCACGGCCACCUUUGCGGCCGUCGUCCUCUACGUGGAGAACGAGCGGUGGGAAGGGGUGCCCUUCAUCCUGCGCUGCGGCAAAGCCCUGAACGAGCGCAAGGCCGAGGUGCGCCUGCAGUUCCGCGACGUGGCCGGGGACAUCUUCCGACAGCAGUGCAAGCGCAACGAGCUGGUGAUCCGCGUGCAGCCCAAUGAGGCCGUGUACACCAAGAUGAUGACCAAGAAGCCUGGCAUGUUCUUCAACCCCGAGGAGUCGGAGCUGGACCUGACCUACGGCAACAGAUACAAGAACGUGAAGCUCCCCGACGCCUACGAGCGCCUCAUCCUGGACGUCUUCUGUGGGAGCCAGAUGCACUUCGUGCGCAGUGACGAGCUGCGGGAGGCCUGGCGGAUCUUCACUCCUCUGCUGCACCAGAUCGAACGCGAGAAGGCCCAGCCCAUCCCCUACGUCUACGGCAGCCGCGGCCCUGUGGAGGCGGACGAGCUGAUGAAGAGGGUGGGCUUCCAGUACGAGGGCACCUACAAGUGGGUGAACCCGCACAAGCUCUGACCCUGUGCCGGGCCCGCCCCCGCCCCGCCUCUCCGUGCUCCCCCGCCGCGCCCCCGCCGCCCCGCCCCCGGCCCCCCCCUCCCCCCCCCCCCCGCCAGACGCACCUCGGGAGGCCCCGCCGCUGGAGGACUCGGGACCACAGCCCUCAGCCUCACAUUCCCGCCCGGGCUCGGGCCACGCCACCUGCCCCUGGGCCCUGUCUCAUUCCUCUGGCCCCCAGCACUGUGACCGUCCCCGCCCGAGCCAGCCUCUGUCCCCCGGACUGAGCCCCGCUGGAGGAAGGAGAAGGAGGGCUGCAGUUGUGGGCGGCCGGGAGGGCAAGGUCCUCGGAGCGCAGGGGAAGGGGGCGGGCGCGGCCCAGUCUCAGCGCCACUUGACAUUCCGGGCUCCCCACUGGAAGGGACCUCCGUGCUGCCCAGCAGCGCACCUGUGUCGGGCCUCCCGAGUGGCCCUCUGCCCCGCCCAGCUCCUGCGGCCACCCUAACUCAGCACUCCACGGCCGCCCCAUCUCACCCCGCCCUCAGGUGGUGCCCUCGCCACCGGAGAAGCAGAAGCGGUGGGUGGGAUGCCCCAGCUCGGUCCUCUGCCAUUAAAUCCGCAGACAGGC